UAGGGACUGGUUUCAUCAACGCUGAUCAAGUUUAAGCGUGAUUAACUGUCAACCGAAAUUAGUCAAUUUUUAUAGUCAGUCAAUAAUCAUAGCAGUGUGCGCUUCAAAGGAUUAAUCCUGUCACUUGAUUGUCGUUUACAAAUUUGUGCACGUUCUUUGGAAAGAAUGACAGUGGAAUUGAAGAAAUUUCUUUAUGGACUAUUAACUGAUGUGGAAGGUUUGCAUAGCAUAUUGAUUACUGACAGGGAUGGAGUACCUGUUAUAUCCGUAGCUAAUGAAAAGGCACCAGAGUUAGCUACAAGAGCCAGUUUUUUAUCUACUUUUGGCAUGGCUACGGAUCAAGGAAGUAAAUUGGGGCUUGGCAAAAAUAAAACCAUUAUAUGCAUGUAUAGUAAUUAUCAGGUAAUUCAGAUAAAUAAGUUGCCAUUGGUCAUUAGUUUUAUUGCUAGUCACAAUUGUAAUACCGGUCAUGUAUUAUCAUUGGAAAAUAAGAUUGAUCCUAUCUUAAGUAGUUUAAAAAAUGCAGUGGUGGAAGCCUGAUGGUUACCUGUUGUCCAUUAUGGAUGAUAAAUGCUGAACACUGUUCAGAUAUGAAUUUAUAAGUUAAGUUGCAAUUAUUAUAUAAACAAUAAUCUUUUUUCAAGAAUAUCAAAUAUGUUUUUACAUUUUUAUUUGCUUAUGUUUAUUCAUAUUGCUGCAAGUGUGUUUUGAAAAAUGAAAGAUCUUUUAGAAUGA